GUCAAAUGUCCCACAGUCAGUGAACGCCUCACCGCUCACCGCUGUGUGACUGCAGAUCUGCGGGUCUGGAGGAUGAGGAGCGGCGGGGAUGCUUGCUGCCUCCUCUCCUCCGAUGAUACAUCCGAUUCUGCUCGUAGUCUGAAGGGAAACAGCCACAGCCAUGGCCUCUGACAGCUGUCUGUUUGUGUGGUCUGAUCAGUGUGUCAUUGUGUGUCCCCUCUCCCUCUCCCUGCUCCUGCCAGUCACCCCAGAGGCCAUCGGCUUCCUGUCGGCGGUGGGUGUCUUCAUCGUGGCGUUGGCCGUCCUCUUCCUCUUCAUCAACAAGAAACUGUGUUUCUCACGUGUCGGCGGUCUUCCCUGCCUGGAGGUACACGGUCGUCGCAAGAAAGGACGGGCUGGAAUCCGCCAGGGCCUCGUGAACAGCUACGGUGACGACGACGACGAUGCCUCCAGCUCGUCAGACAGCGAAGAUGAGAUCCUGAGGCAGUUUGAGAUGUCCGUGUCUCGUUCACAGAAUUUCCGCACCGCAGCAGCAAACAUCGGUGAGCAGCAGCCCCAGCAGACUCACCUGUCACUGGGUCGACGACACAAAUUUACCCGACUAUCAGACCAGGAGGAGGGCAGCACUGAGCCAUCAGACUGUGAAGAAACGGCAGCUCAAAGCCAACAGGGUUUCCAGGAUCCGCUCUCUGCGGUGGUAGAAGCAAAAGAAAGGGCAUCCAUGCUCUCUUUGGACAGACCUGCAGGAGACCACCCACUGGCCUCCAGUGACUGUCCCACCGUGAGUAUGGACCAGCAAUCUACGGAAGCAGUGGAUCAUGACAAGAAUGAGGUCACAGAAAGCCCCUCCGCCUGGACCCCAGAGGAAGAGCCACCUCCUCUUGGCGAAGUCUCGUCUCAGCCAGGCUGUUCUUCCCCUCGAACUCCUAUCUCCAAGUGUGGAGAUCUGGUCCUCUCCCUGGAGUACCGUCCUGCCGCAGAAAAACUGCUGGUCACUGUGAUUGCGGCCCGAGAUAUCCCCGACAAGGCUCGAAGUGGGAUGAGCGCCUGGCAGGUGCAUGUGGUCCUGCUGCCCUCCAAGAAACAGCGACACAAGACCUCCGUGCAGAAAGGCUCACUCCCGCACUUCAACGAGACGUUUCGCUUCUCGCGCCUGGAGCCAUCCGAUCUGCAGAAGUCAGCUAUCAGGUUCAGGCUGUAUGCGCUGGGUAGUAGGAUAUCACGUGAGCGAAUGAUGGGGGAGAAAGUGCUGCGUUUACGAGGACUUAACCCAGACGGGGGGACGAUGGAAACGACACUAGUCCUGGAGCCUAGAAGUAACCUGAAGAGUGUCGACUCCCAGCUCAGCCUGUCUGCCGUCUCUCAGAGCGACAGCGCCUCAUCAACCCAGUCUCUGACCCACGGUGGCGUCCCUGAACUGCUGGUGGGUCUCUCCUACAAUGCCACAACGGGACGCAUGUCUGUGGAGCUCAUCAAGGGCAGCCACUUCAGAAACCUUGCCAUGAACAGGCCACCAGACACCUAUGGACGACUGACUCUGCUGAAUUCAGUUGGUCAAGAGAUCUGUCGGACUAAGACGACAGUACGCCGUGGUCAGCCCAACCCCGUGUACAAGGAGACAUUUAUCUUCCAGGUUGCUCUGUUCCAGCUGUCAGAUGUCACUCUGCUGAUCUCUAUCUACAACCGCCGCAGCAUGAAGCGCAAGGAGAUGGUGGGUUGGAUCGCUCUGGGCCAGAACAGCAGCGGCGAUGAAGAGCAGCUUCACUGGCAGGACAUGAGGGAGGGUCGAGGACAGCAGGUCUGCCGCUGGCACGUCCUGCUAGAGGCAUAAAAUAACUGUCGGGCAGGACUUUACUUUCUUCUGUGGUUUUUCUUAUAUUUUUUUAUUCUGUAGUUAGACAGAUUUAGAGCUUUUGGAAAAGAAAAGGAAAGCCUUGAUUUAGAGAGUGGAUUAUUAUGGUUAAGAUUUCAGGCCUCAGUGAUUCACAGAAUCUCCCCAAUUUUUACAUCCAGCACAGAUGGUUAGUUUGUGUCAGCAUGCAGGACAAAGUCAUCGGUCCUCAGGCUGUAAUCGGUUUAAAAUACAAGCUUUCAAUUCAUGUUUCAGGAAAGAAAAAAUAUUUAAAGACUUUAGGCUAUAAAAAGACAUUGAAGGCAUUAAAUUUACUCCUGAAUUGGCAGAUAGAAGUCAAAUAUUUUUGUCUUGUUAUCUCUCACACUUCACUUCAGGACAUUUGUCCUCUGUAAACUAAACUGCAGAGAAGAAAUUGGGAGAUUCGACAUUCUGGAAAUAUUAGUGCCACAUCCUGUCAGAAGUGUCACAGAUUUGCAUUUUUGUUAUGGGUCAAGAAUGAUCAAUGUUAUAUGAGGAAGUUCAUUUAGGUCACAAAAACUAGCAAAAUUAUUCAGUGAGUGUUCAGUGAGCUCUGCAGUACAUCAGACAUCUUUUCAUUAAGAUCUUAUGAUGUAACGUCAUUUAUAUCAGAGCACAAGCACAUGGCUGCCCAUCAGUUUAACCAAUUGUAUACUCACUGGUUAAAUCCCACUGCUAGCCUGAAUGGAGUGAUUUAAAAGCAUAGAGACUUGUGAGAAAUACAUUCAAGUGAAAUGUUACUGCAAUUUACAUCCUUCCACUGAGCUUAGAGAGCUUGGUUAGCUGGUAAAAUGCAAAUAUCUGUAACUGUAAACACAAAAAAAUGAAACUAUUACUAAAUAGAUAAAUUUAUAUAUAAAUAUAGGAUAGCUUCUCUCACAAAAAUUAAAAUGUUAUUAUUUUCAAAUUGGAUGACGUCAGUUACCUGUGUCUAUACUUCAUUGGCAUCUGUUAAUUAGGGGGGCUUUGUUGUGUUUUGUUUCUUUAAACAGCCUCCAAAGUUUUCUACACCGUCUCAGUGGAUUAAAAUCAGACUUUUUAAUAAGGCUGGGCGAUUGGACGAAUAUAUUGACUAUUGACGAUAUAGUUGUUGUGAUUUGGUGCAUCUCAAAUAAAUAAAUAAAUAAAUAAUCCAAAAAGUAGCUGUAGUAAUACUGAAACAAACAAGAAGAGACGGUAAAAUAUUCCCUCCAAACAAAACGUAUAAAUUCUAAAUGUGCAAAUCAGUCCGUGCAUGAUUACUUUGCUCCGCACCUGCGUGAGUAUAUGGUCUAUCGUUGGAUCGUCAAAUUGUUGGUUGGAAAAUUUUUACAUAUCGCCCAACCUGACAUUUUAACUAAAAAAUAAAUUCUAUUUAUUUUAACUUUAUCAGAAAGUUGACCAAAAAACGUCCUGAAACUGACAAAAAGCAGAUUUGUUGGGAAAAGCUGGUGGUAAUUUGUGGAUUCAAGGGUGCUGCUGGAGAGCUAAUCCCACAGAAACCAAACUGAUGUGGUUUUCUUAGAGUUUAAGUGACAAACGACAAAAAAGUAGCGAAUCUGACUCAUUUGGAUUCCUGUUUAGCAGGUCAAAAAUCAACUUUUGUGCUUAGUCAGGGUAUUGUUUACUCCAAUAACUCCACAUGAUCGACAAUACUAAAUCCAAUACAGUAACCCUUACUACCUGUAGGCAAAUUGUUAUGUAAUCUGUAACAAAAAGAUACAAAUUUAAUUAAGUCAUCACACAGAAAUUUAAUGAUUCAAAUAAAAAAGGGUUUCAUUCAAAUUGGUGGUUCUUAAAAUUAGAUAUUAAAACCUCUAAAGAAUGUCAAUUUACAUAUUAAAUCAUCUUUUCUGUAACAACAAUUAAGCCAAAAUGCAGAAGUACUUUGUGAAAAAAUACACCCUUGCUGCUUUUGUAGGAAUUAAGAGGGAAAGUAGCAGUUAGGUGCUGCUGGUCAAACGCACAAUAUUAAGUGUGAGCAUCAAUAUUAAAACAGAAGAACAUGCCAGUAUGGUUUAUCUUUGCCAAGCUGCAUUAAACCAGAAGGCUCCUGGAACAAUGUAUUUGAGACUGAUGAGACCAAAGUAGAGAUGUUUGUUUAUGAUGAGGACAAUCACGUUUUGGUGACAACCGAACAGCCGCUCAGCACAAACAAGCACGGUGGUGGCGAGGUGGUGAUUUGUUAGAUACCAAAGUAUUCUAGAGUACUAUCAUCUUUGUAUUUACAUUCUCUGGAUUGCAGCUGUUGUAAUCAUUCUAAAUGAUAAGAUUAAAGGGCUAAUUUAAUCUAUAAAGUUUACUCACGGUGAAUGCGUUGUGAAAAAGCUUUGUGUAGUUUAAAUAAACAAGAUAUAAACUUACUAAAUAUUCAAAGGUGAUUACGUUCAAACAGUGACCUAAGCAGUGCAGUAAAGGAACAGAUCACAAGACAAGUUUUUGGGCAAGUGGUACUAUAACCGCAAUAACAUGUCUUUUUUUUUUGUUUUGUUUUUGUGCUUACCCUAAAAUUGUAAGGCAGCUCUCACUGACAUUUUAGUUGCGUUUUUCAGUGCAGAAAUAUGACUGAAGGAUCACGUACCCGUGACAUACUUGAAAAAGGAACCAAUAUUUUCUGAUUCAGUUGGAGAAGAAGGAUGUCUCAUUCACAUUCAGCGCUCAUUCAUAUUCUCCUGACGCUCGUGCUACAACAGGCAGGAAGACCAGCAGCUGGAGGCUCUUAAACCCAUUGGGAUGAGCCUCAUCAAUCCUGAAUGAUGUUAUUUGGCUUCAGCUCAGUCUCCUUCACAGGGCAAAGCUCAUUUCAACAUCCAUCAAUGCUGAGCUCAAAAGAGGCUUUAAAUAUCUCACUGCAGCUGUUAAGAACCGCCAAUGAAUUACCCUGGAAGUGUGUGUGUGUCUGUUUUUUCCCCCCAGUCACACUCUGUGUUAAUUGGUAGUUAUGGCAGUGAAACCGUACAGUGUGAUGGUGAUGAGGGUAAUGCUGCUGCUAAUGCUCUUCCUUUUCCCAUCUGAGCAUCUUUGAGUCAUAAGGCAGGAGCGCAGCCUGAAUCGGGGGAUUAUUUUUGUUUGUGUGGAGAAAUACUGUAGCUGAACCCUCAGGGGUUCGCACACUGAGAGCAGAGAUGUGUUUACUCGAGCGUUUGUUUUCUUUGGUCAGGUGACAACACAGUCUCUUUAGCAAUUAAUAAAACUGUGAUCGGAAAUGACUCGAGGUUGGUGGCCAUGAGGUGACGCCAUGCAUUAGAAAUCAGGGCCGAUUCGUUGUGUUUAAUGUGUUAGCAUACCCCCUCCAAAAAAAGGACUUUCACCUUUUUAACAUACUUGCCUAGUUUUUCCAUUAUCCAUGACCUUUUUGUAAAUCUUCAGAAAAAGGAAAUGUCAGCGUUUGAACAAGUGCUUAUCAAGAAAGUAAGCCACAAUAUCUGAACAGCUUCUGAUUACUCCGUGAUUUGUUAUGUUUCGUUCAGGGACGUUUCCAGCAGAAGAAAGACAACUUUUUAUCUUUUUUUCCUUUUAUAUGAACAUGAGUCACUUGUUGAGGGACAUAGGUGAAUGGACUCAUUUUGUAUCAAUUUAGCACAGGAACCAAGCUGUAAAUGCUGUAAAUGCUAAGAUUGUAGAUGCGUAAUGACAACUACUUCAGGUGUACAUUAUACGAAGCAUGGAUGAUGAUUAGGAGUGCUGCAGUUACCUUACAUAGGCAUCCAGAUAAUUUUUUUAUUUUCUACACUGUGACGUAGUUCAGUUUAAACCCUCUAAAGACAAAGCCAACCAAAUCCCAUCUAUGUUUGUUUGAUACAGACAGCUGCGAUUCGCCCAUAAAUAUUUUUAAUUGAACUAUUUUUUUUCUCAAAUUAAUAGUCAUUUUGAAAAGUAUAACAAUGUUUUUGAGAAGAAUGUACAAGUUUUUAUAUAUGUGGAAAUCACGGACUUUAUUUGGGUGUAAGAAGCAAGUAAUUGUGAUUCAUAGAAAAUGAAAAACCUACCAAAGGGUCUUAAAACUGCUGUAAUGACUGCAUACGUGAUAACAUGCCUCUGUAAUUUAGCUCUUUGAGAGUAAGGCUAACAUGACAUUGAUCGGACAUAUGUAUCUUUCUUAGCUAAAGAAGACAUGGAAAUUAUAGGGCAUUAUUUCAACAAAGAACCAACACUGUCCAAAUAUAGUGAGAAUUAGCAUAGUGAGGUAAGGUUUCACUUUGAAAAGGAAAGAAAUCUAAAAACACAACUGUUAAAUCAUCUAAACUUACAUUUUGUUGUCCAAAAGGCACUGAACUGACAAUUACAAUUAAUUGACAAUUAACUAAUUUAGGGGUUUAGCAAAAAGAUAAGUUUUUCCUUUUAAGUCAGCUAUCUAGAAUUCCUAAAAAAUGUGUCUUCUACCAGAUUGGGAUUAUUAAUUACUUCCAAAGUAUCCAAAUCCUCUUUGUUGCAUUAACGUUAGUGAUGACACAGCGCAUCCUUAAAUGUAUUUAUUCUUCCUAAUCUACUAUGAUCUUUGGCAGAUGAGUCCGAACAUUUGAUAAUCAGUUUUAUUUUAAAGUAUGUAGAGAGAAAUUUGACAAUCCCCCAUGAAGAAGCAUUUCUCUGCAGUGGGUAAAAUAAUAUCAGCACUCCUCUUCAGCCGGCUUCGUACUUGUGAGUGUGAAUAGUGACAUGAAUUAUAUUUACUGCACAGAUUAUAUAUAUUUUAUGCAUGUUGAGUUGUUGUAUAGAAUCUAUCAUAUCUAUUAUAUUUUUUAAAAAUAGUAAAUGUUUAAUGUUUUUAAAUACAUCCCAGGAUUGUAUUUAUAUAUCUGCAUGCCCAGUUCAAGAUCCCAGGUUGUAUUACAGAUGUGAAAAAGAUUGUGUGAUCAGAUUGUGCUGCAGAUGGAAUACUGAUGAAGUGCCUGUAAUAUUUUGAGAUGAAACAUAUCCACCAUGACAAAGAGUUGAUACACAACUGCAUGAAGCCUCCUUGUUGUUCUCUGUGAAUGCUGCUCUAGGACUGCAUUUGCCUGGAAGGUUUAUUUGUCAAGGCCCUGACCAGGGCUGAAGUCAGACAACUGCAAAGCCAGUGAGUAGAGGGAUGAAACAGUUUCAGAAACCGAGACCAAAACGUUUUAUUUCAUGCUUUAAGCAAAUUCAAUUUUAGAACAUUUACAGAAUAUCAGUUUUAAAUUAAAUCUACUUUUGGCUUCUUCAGAUUUAUUGCCCACAUUGGCCUUGUACAAACGAGAACAGACGUACUUUUUAAAUAGGUAAGCUAGCUUAAUUUAAAAAAUGUUUGAAUUGGGAGACAGCAUAGUUUAUGCUAAUUAUGAUAGCAUAGUUUUACCUUUUAUGGUAAAUCACUGUUUUUGUGCAUAUUAAACACAUAUGGUGUAAGUGUGUCAAACUAUAGCAGUGUUGUUGGGUUUAUCUUUUUCUGUGGACAAAGUCUGGUUAGCUAUAUAUUGCUACUAUCAGUGUUUACGCUACGCUAGGCUGAUCACCUUCUGGGUCUAGCUCUGCUCUUAAGACACAAACAUGAAAGUAACUAAUCUUUUCAUGCAACUGUAAUUUCUUAAAAUAUCCAGGUAUUGUUUUUCAUGUUUUAUAAUUAGAGUAAAACUUUGCUUAAAAUUAAUAAUUUUAAGAUUCCUGUGAUUAGUGGUUAUAUUUAGGUACUGGCAGGUUUUGUCAUGGUCUGCUUUGAGGCACUCACACUGAUUAAAGACAAUGUUUUUCCAUGCAAUUAGACCUGACCUCAGUGGUGUUUAGGCUAUAAGGCUAAUGUGAUGCUUUAUUCACACCAUUCACUCCAAAAUCUCGAGCUGACUCCAUAGUUUUGGGCUAACUGGGAGGGAAAAACUGAAUAGCAUUACAUUUCCACGAGACAAAGAUAAAGCAAUGUGUCUUAACUUCUAUCUUGUCUCUGGCCUCCCUGAGAAGUAUAGCUGUAUAAGGUCAAGUUCAUAAGGCAUUUUAGGCCUGUAAAGAGACAGUGGACAUUGAUCCUGAUCCUGCACUGACUAUUCUGCAGCCCUGGUCUGGGCUGUGCAUGCUGAGCUCCCGCAGCACCCAGAAAGCACUUUUUGUACCAAGUUGUCAUUGCCAAUAAAAACCAGAAGAUCCCUGCUGUGGCAA